AUGAAAUCGAAAGACGAACGUGACAGUGACUGCAGAAUCUUUCCUCCGGCUGUCGAAUUAAAUGUACAAACAAACACAAUUGUACUUGAAAUAAGUUAUCACUCAACACGGCCAAAUAUAAUAUCAAGAUCAGACUGGGCGGCCAGAAGACCAAGCUCAGUUCGAAAUCUUGCGCAAGAUCCUGCCCCAUUUGUUCUAAUUCAUCAUUCAGACAGCGAUAGCUGCACCACUCAAGCGAUUUGCCAAGCGAAAAAUUAUCACAUGGAUAAUAAAAGUUGGGAAGACAUAGGUUACAACUUCUUGAUCGGAGAGGAUGGAAACAUUUACGAAGGAAGAGGAUGGAGCAAACACGGCUCACAUUCGAGACCAUACAACUCGAAGAGCAUUGGAAUUUGCAUGAUUGGCAAUUUUAAUCAUCACAAUCCAAAUGCAGCAGCGAUAAAAGCAGUUCAGGAUUUGAUCGAAUACGGCGUGUCUCUUGGAAAGAUACAAGAGAACUACAAGUUGUUUGGCCAUCGACAAACAACGCAAACCACCUGUCCAGGUGACAGUCUCUAUCAAUUGAUUCAAACGUGGCCUCACUGGUCUGUACCUCGAGUGGAAUUUUCCGUAAGAAUUUUGCAUUUAAUUCUGGGAUACAUAAUUUUGUCCCGUAUGGUAUCCCUGAGUCGAGGUCCAUGGAGACCGUCACAAAUUCCGCACGUUCAUCAAGAUAAUCCUACAGCAAAAUGUGCAAUAAAUAACAGAGAAUUGAUACAUUCGAGUGUUUUAUUGAAAACGUACCUGCAGAGUCCGUAAUUUCUUCGUUCUAGCAUCCAAAUAGUCGGAUUCGUUGUCACUGUCAAAAACGGGAUAAUAAGCAGCCAGAGUCACGUUGUAAUGAACACGACCGCUACAACUGAGUUCAGGCCUACUUGUAUCUAUUUCUGGUAUAUAAUUAGUUAUUUUGAAAAGAACAUAUAUACAAAUGCAAAUGAAAAUGCAGAUAUAGAAAUUUGUUGCUGUAUAAUUACCGAUUGCAGAAAUGAACGAAAUAAAAGACACCACACAUGAAAAUAUUAACGUUCGUUUCUCCAUUACGUUAAUCAUUAUUUUACGCCGCAAGAUCGAUCACUUAGCAGGCCAACUGUCGUACUGACCAACUUUCUUGCUUCAAUUUACAAAAUAUACCGUGUCAGCCGAAUGUGUCAGUCAAUCAUUGGAAUUUGUCAAUCUUUCAGAAAUCAAAGGCAAAUACGUCGAUUAAUGUCGUCGAUUUAAAGCUCGCGCAACUUUGUACGAAAUUGAAAAAUUGUUAAAAUUCUACUUACGACCCUUGCAGUUAUAAUAUAAAAAUACAGCUUUUGGUUGGAAAAUUGAAUGACUAUUUCAAAUCAGCCAUGAAGCAACCAUAAUGAAAUGUAAGAAGAAAAUUAAUUUUCAAAUCUUACGAUAAAUAUAUUUCUUAUAUAUUCUAGAGCAAAUGAUAAAUUAUCCAUGUGUGAAUCUAUACAUUUCUUCUUUCAGUAUCUUUGCCUCUUCAAGAAAUUAUUAUUUUUUUUUUUUUUUGACCGAGAUAUAUUUCUUUUUAGAUCUUAG